GUGAAGAUAUAACAGGUGGGAGGUGCCAUGGUCAGAGGAAAGAUGUGCGAAAAAAUAAUUUGAAGGCAUUCCUCAGCUUCGGCGCCCUCAUCUUUUGUACCUGACUUAUGCAAGAUGCAGCUAUUGUGAGAGAAAAAGCGUUUAGCGGAGAAGGACAACUGCAGAACGAGGCAGAGCAGCAGGAAGAGGAGGACAUUUGACAGAUAAAAAGAGGGAGCUCUGCAGCAGGAUCCCCACCGUGCCUGAGCACAGGACUGCGUGACUGGUCUGUGCAAGCAGAGGGAGAGAGGGAGGAGAGAGGAGAGAAGGGAGGAAGGUAGGAGAGAAAGAAGGGGGAGGGGAGGCAAUUCAGCGCAGUGCAAGCUGACUGGAUGAGUAGCAGCCGCGGCACAGGCAGCAGCAUCAGCACCACUAGCCGUAGCAUCUUUCUUUGUGGCUGCUGGAGGCUGUCUUGUGGCUGCUGUAGCAUCAACAUCAUCCCCACACACAUAAAUAUCUGGACACAAGCGCUCCAACAGCUUCCUUCAUACACACACAUGUCGUGGUGGCCACCGAGGAAGAGGUAGUAAGUGACGGGGCUCGGGGGACAGAGGGACACAGGAAGAGGAAACAGGGACGACCGGUGGUAGUGCGAGCCAGAAAAGGGCUGGAGCGACGGCGACUAGAGCAGCAGCAGCAGCAGUAGCAGCGGCACCAUGGCACAAGCCGCUAAGCAGCUCCGUAAGACCAAGGACCUCGCAGAGGCCGCCGCCCAGGAGCAGCGGGAGAAGGAGGAGGAAAAGAUAAAAAAGAGGAAUCGAUCCAGGGACCGCAGGCGCAAGGCGGAUGCAGCCACCAGCUUCCUGCGUGCAGCUCGUUCAGGGAACCUGGACAAGGCUCUGGAUCACUUGAAGAAUGGAAUCGACAUCAACACAGCCAAUCAAAAUGGUCUCAACGGGUUACACCUGGCCUCAAAAGAAGGUCACGUCAAAAUGGUCCUGGAGCUGCUACACGCUGGCAUUGAGCUGGAAGCCACCACCAAGAAAGGGAACACGGCUCUCCAUAUCGCAGCGCUGGCAGGCCAGGAGAAAGUGGUGGCGGAGCUUGUCAACUAUGGUGCCAAUGUUAAUGCGCAGUCACAUAAAGGGUUCAGUCCUCUCUACAUGGCAGCACAGGAGAAUCACUUAGAGGUGGUCAAGUUCCUUCUCGAGAACGGUGCCAAUCAGAGUCUCCCAACCGAGGAUGGCUUCACCCCCCUGGCAGUAGCCCUCCAGCAGGGUCACGAAAAUGUUGUGGCACUGCUUAUCAACUACGGCACGAAGGGUAAAGUCCGACUUCCGGCACUGCACAUCGCCGCACGAAACGACGACACACGUACCGCCGCAGUGCUCCUGCAGAACGAUCCCAACCCCGAUGUUCUCAGCAAGACUGGCUUCACACCUCUCCAUAUUGCAGCUCACUAUGAAAACAUGAGCGUAGCCCAGCUGCUGCUGAAUAGAGGAGCCAAUGUAAACUUCACCCCCAAGAACGGCAUCACACCCCUUCAUAUAGCCUCCAGGAGGGGCAAUGUGAUGAUGGUCAGACUACUGCUGGACAGAGGAGCACAGAUUGAUGCCAAAACUAAGGAUGAGCUGACUCCUCUCCACUGUGCAGCCAGGAAUGGCCAUGUUCGCAUCAUUGAGAUCCUGCUGGAACACGGUGCUCCCAUCCAGGCUAAAACCAAGAACGGUCUGUCCCCCAUCCACAUGGCAGCUCAGGGGGAUCACAUGGACUGUGUCAGGCAGCUACUGCAGUACAACGCAGAGAUUGAUGAUAUCACGCUGGACCAUUUAACCCCUCUUCAUGUAGCAGCCCACUGUGGUCACCAUCGGAUGGCCAAAGUCCUACUGGACAAGGGGGCCAAAGCCAAUGCACGAGCUCUGAAUGGCUUUACACCUCUCCAUAUUGCUUGCAAGAAGAACCACAUGCGGUCCAUGGACCUGCUACUUAAGCACUCUGCUUCCCUAGAAGCUGUCACAGAGUCUGGUCUCACUCCUCUUCAUGUAGCAGCAUUCAUGGGCCAUCUGAAUAUUGUGAAAAACCUGCUCCAGAGAGGAGCUUCACCUAAUGCUUCCAAUGUGAAAGUGGAGACUCCCCUCCACAUGGCGUCCAGAGCAGGACACUGUGAAGUUGCUCAGUUCCUGCUGCAGAACGCAGCACAAGCAGACGCCAAGGCUAAGGACGACCAGACACCUCUACACUGUGCGGCCCGCAUGGGCCACAAGGACCUUGUAAAGAUGCUCCUGGAGCACAAGGCCAACCCCGACUCGGCUACAACCGCAGGCCACACGCCCUUACACAUUUCUGCACGUGAAGGGCAUGUCCACACUAUUCGAAUCUUGUUGGAUGCUGGGGCACAGCAGACCAAGAUGACAAAGAAAGGCUUCACUCCCCUCCAUGUGGCCUCUAAAUAUGGGAAGGUGGACGUGGCUGAGCUCCUACUGGAGAGAGGAGCCAACCCAAAUGCAGCUGGGAAGAACGGUCUGACACCCCUUCAUGUGGCCGUCCAUCACAACAACCUGGAUGUUGUUAGGCUCCUGGUCAGCAAGGGAGGAUCUGCACACAGCACUGCCCGAAACGGCUACACUCCUCUGCACAUAGCUGCCAAGCAGAACCAGAUGGAGGUGGCCAGUUGUCUUCUGCAGAAUGGGGCAACACCCAAUUCCGAAUCUCUCCAAGGCAUCACGCCCCUGCACCUGGCCUCACAGGAGGGGCGGCCCGACAUGGUGGCCCUGCUCAUCUCCAAACAGGCCAACGUAAAUCUGGGAAACAAGAAUGGGUUGACCCCUCUGCAUCUUGUGGCUCAGGAAGGUCAUGUGGGAAUCGCUGACACACUGGUCAAACAAGGAGCUUCCGUUUAUGCUGCUUCACGGAUGGGCUACACACCCCUUCAUGUGGCCUGUCACUAUGGCAACAUCAAGAUGGUGAAGUUCCUCCUGCAGCAGCAGGCUCAAGUGAAUAGCAAGACAAGGAUGGGCUACACCCCUCUGCACCAGGCAGCUCAGCAGGGCCAUACUGAUAUUGUCACCCUGUUGCUGAAACACGGAGCCCAGCCCAAUGAGAUUACUUCAAAUGGGACAUCUCCCCUGGGCAUUGCCAAGCGGCUGGGUUACAUCUCUGUCAUUGAUGUGCUCAAACUGGUUACCGAGGAGUCCGUCUCUGCGAUCACUACAGAGAAGCAUCGGAUGAGUUUCCCUGAGACCGUUGAUGAGAUUUUGGAUGUUUCGGAGGAUGAAGGGGUUGCCCAGCUAACGUUAGGAGACGAGUUGCUCGGGAUGGAUGGAGCACGCUAUUUGAAGCUCGAUGACUUUAAGGACCAAGACGAUGACUUCCUCUCCCCGAAGAAAACCCUUAGAGACUUUGAAGGUGGCAUGGGUACCACGCCGUAUUCUCCUGCUAUUCCCAGGAUCCCUUGUGUGUCCCCAGAGACUGUACUGCUGGAUCAGCACACCCCGGUCCCCCUGCCAAAGGAAUAUGAUGAAGACUCUCUUAUCCCGAGCAGUCCGGCUACAGAGACAUCAGACAACGUCAGCCCCGUGGCGAGCCCUAUCCACACUGGCUUCCUGGUGAGUUUCAUGGUGGAUGCUCGAGGAGGCUCCAUGCGAGGCAGCAGACACCAUGGCCUGCGAGUUAUCAUCCCUCCUCGAACCUGCACUGCGCCAACACGCAUUACCUGCCGUCUGGUCAAGCCUCAGAAGCUGACCACACCUCCUCCGCUGGUGGAAGGGGAGGGGCUUGCUAGCCGUAUCAUCUCCCUAGGGCCAUCAAGUAUGCAGUUUCUUGGGCCAGUAAUAGUAGAAAUCCCCCACUUUGCCUCACUGGGCCGAGGGGACCGAGAGCUUGUGGUCCUCCGCAGCGAAAAUGGCUCAAUCUGGAAGGAACAUCGCAAUCGCUAUGGUGACGAAGUGCUGGAAACUAUUCUGAAUGGCAUGGAUGAAGACCUGGAGAGUCAAGACGAGCUUGAGAAGAAGAGAAUCCGUCGGAUCAUCUCCACUGACUUCCCUCUUUACUUCGCCGUGGUCUCCCGCAUUCAGCAGGAGAGCGAUCUGAUCGGUCCAGAGGGCGGCCGGUUGACCAGUAAGCUGGUUCCCCAUGUCGAGGCCAUCUUCCCUGAGACGGCCGUCACCAAGAGAGUGAGACUGGGACUGCAGGCGCAGCCAAUCCCUGAUGAACUGCUGACGCGGCAGCUCGGUAACCAGGCGACCUUCAGCCCAGUGGUUACCAUAGAGCCACGCCGACGCAAAUUUCACCGUCCAAUCGGGUUGCGCAUCCCUCUGCCACCAUCAUGGCGGGAGAGUCCUCGGGAUGCUGGGGAGGGUGACACCACCAGCUUGCGCCUCCUCUGCAGUGUCAUUGGUGGCACAGCUCCAGCUCAGUGGGAGGACAUCACUGGAACCACCAAGCUGAUGUACGCCCACAACUGUGCCAACUUUACCACCAAUGUCUCCGCAAGAUUCUGGCUGGCAGACUGUCCACGCACAGCAGAGGCAGUGACCUUUGCCAAUUUGCUGUACCGGGAGCUGAUGGCUGUCCCAUACAUGGCCAAGUUUGUUAUUUUUGCAAAGAUGAAUGAAGCACGAGAGGGGCGCUUGCGUUGUUACUGCAUGACAGACGACAAGAUGGACAAAACACUGGAGCUGCAUGAAAACUUCACCGAAGUGGCCCGAAGUCGAGACAUCGAGCUGAUGGAGGGCAUGCCGCUGCACCUGGAGUGUUCUGGGAACCUCGUGCCCAUCAGGAAGGCCACGCAGCAGCCUCGCAGCUUCAGCUUCCAGGCCUUCAGAGAUAACAGGCUGCCCGUCUCUGUCAAGGUCAGAGAUAGUAACAAGGAUGCCACUGGGUUUUUGUCCUUUCUGCGGAAGUGCACCAAGUACGAGGACACACAACACGUACUGUGUAACCUAAACAUAACCAUGCCACCCUGUGUCAAGGUUGUUGGAAGUGAGGAGCGCAGACGAACCUUAACCCCCCUCGCCCUGAGGGAACGCUACAGCGCACUGAACGAGCCUGGUGUGGCCACAGUGAAUGCCAUGGAGAGGACUGAGAUCAAGAUCAACAUCAUAUCUGAGCAGCUUGGUUUGAGCUGGGCAGAGUUGGCACGUGAGCUACAGUUUGGUGUGGACGACAUCAACAGGAUUCGUGUGGAGAAUCCCAACUCCCUGCUGGACCAAAGCUCCACCCUGCUCAACCUGUGGGCCAGCAGAGAAGGCAAAAGGGCCAAGAUGGAGAGUCUGUACACUGCUCUGAGAAAUAUAGAUCGAGCAGACAUUGUCACAUCUCUGGAGGGUCAGGCUCCACAGCCAGCGCCCGGUUCAUUAGAGGAGGGUGCCUGUCGAAUUAGCGACCGCGACUCCACCCUGCUGUCCCCCAGUGUCCUCAAUGAGGUCACGGACACAAGGCCACCGCGCCUAGUGCACAAGCCACGAGUUAUUAGACCCCCGUUUUUCAGAAGGGGUUAUGGGCUGGUGCAGGAGGAGCUGCUGUCCCCGGCCUCCAUGCAGUACAGCUUACCCUCCCCGCUGGGCGCAGAGCCCUACUGGCAGGAAGUCUCCAGCCUUGAGUGCGCCCCCAUCGCCACCACCGAGGAAGACACAUUAAUGGAGAUGUCGGAUGUUCAGGUGUGGCCGGCAGGGGUCAGCCCCUCGUUGGUCACGGUGGAGGACUCGUCACUGGAGGGCAGCAGUCGGGCUGACGACUCAGAGGGCGCCACGCUCUCCCUUCCCUGCAGCUUGGGUCGCCCAAGCAGCGGAGCCAGCGGGGCCAGUGGCUCCAUCAUGGAGUUGGAAGAGGAGGAGGAGGAGGAGGAGGAAGGGGAGGUUGAGGAGGAGGAGGCGCCACAGGAGCCAGCAACUUUACUGGCAGAACGGGACAGGGUGAGGGCCAGUGGCGCCGUUCCUAAGGUCAACCUAAACGGCCAGCUGGGAGGUCAGAGGUUGGAUGGAAGGAGAGGGGAGGUCCUGGCAGCAGGAGGGGCAAAAGGAGGAGGUGGAGGUAUAGGGUUGGGUUCAGUGGAAGGGAUUUCUGUUGUUACAGGCCAGCAGGUGUACGCCCAGCGGUGCGAGAUAUCGGGACCGAGUCGGGCUCCAGAGCACAACGGAGAUAACCGGGUGGUAGGAGGCGGAGCUUUUCAACCCUACUUACCAGAUAAGGACUCCCUGCAAGGCUGGGUGGGCUCGGUGUCAUCAGGACGCGACGGCAGCGUGCCAGGCUUGCGCGUGGCCCAGGAGGCUCUGCUGACUCCGAGAGAGGAGAAAGAGGACUAUGCUACUGAGGCGCAGUUUGUUGAUGAACACGGAUGCGUGCUCACCAGGAAGGACCGGAAAGCCACUGCCAAAUCAUCCUCCACAAAAACACAACAAGGCCGGCGAGGAAAAUGAGCAAGGACGGAGACAAAGACAAAGACUAAGAAGUGCAAACUACAAAAUGACAAACACAAAAUCAUCCUCUACGUGUGACUAUGGAGCACCACAUGAGAGAAGAGACAGAGGAAAAGAAAAAACAAAACAAAACAAGAGGAGUUCAACUUGUAGUUUUAUAACAUUUGUAAAGAAAAAUAUCAACUAGACUUAAGGCAUGAUUCUUCUUCUUUUUUUUUUUUUACAAAAAAACAACAUAAAUGUCAGUAAAACAACCAAGAAAAAAAAGCAACAAGAAGUGCUUCCUGUGAACUGUAAUCGCAUGAUGACUGCUGGUGCAUGCCCUUUGACCUUUUGAACUGUCAUUAUCUACAAACUGAAGGGGUACAAGGUACGGGGCUGGCCCACGCUUGGGCCUCAGGCCAUUUUAAGGACCUAUUCCCCCCGACUGGAGUGGUUUGUGUCAGCGAGUUGAGUCCAAUAUCACUACAGCCAAAAAAAAAAAAAAAAAGAGUCCCUCAACGGAUGGUUCUGUAAACAGCUAAGCUUCUGCUGAGCCUACCAAUGCUUCUUUCACCGAACCCUUUCCCCUACUAUUCUCAAUGUGAUAUAUGCACUCUAUGCUACGUGGACAUGUGUCAGUGUGUGUGUGUAUGUGUGCGCGUACUCUUCUCUACCGCAUGUGUUCCCUGCCUCUGGCUUGGCGCUGAGCCCUGCCUCACGAUCGGCUCUUUGGGCCCCUGCGAUGUCAUGGCGCGCUCAGCGCUGGAAUGAGAAAGCCGCUGUGUGCUCCCCUGCUCGUGAGUGUUCCUGUCGGACGUCUCUUUCCUUUGUGGAUGAAGCUUGUCUCUUGUUUUUUCCCGUUUCUCCGGAAGCCUGUCCACCUUGGUUUUUAAGCAUCGUCUUACAAAAUGGUAGGGAACUGAAUCGCUUUCACCCUUCGUGUUUUCUUCAGAAAGGCGUCGGUUGCUUGAUUGUAUCGUACAGCAGCUCUUCAACACAAAGAUCGAUGUUUUCCUCCCCCGGUGACCUCUACCUUCUUCCAUCAUUUCUCCCAGUAGCACGCUUCAUCUUGACUCACGAUCUUUAUCAGUAGCCUCAGUUAAUAUGCAGUAAAAUCACAGGCCUCUUUAUCUACAGCAUCGAUAGUUCCUCCAUCUGACGCUUCAAACUUUGUGUGUGCUCCCUCUUUAUGUGUUUGCAACGGCUGUAGCGCCUCACCGUCGCUCAUUCAUUUGCAACAAAGUGAAUGAAGUGGAAACAACGUGGAGGAUACGGUGAUUUUGGAGGAUUUGUGGUGAUGGUGAAAUAGCACGAUGCUACUACAGUACGACGCGUGAUUGUGAUGGGAACUGUGCAGCGCGGACAGACAGGUAGCACUGUGAUUGUCUUAUUAACACUGACCCCAGACUCGUGAACUGUGAAGACACACCAACAAAAGCACACCCACACAUGCAUACACACAAAUAAUCAAAAACGCAUUACAUGAUUCAAUAGUUAUUGCCUGGUCGGAGUGUCAGAUUUUGGAGUUUGCCACAGCAAUAAUACAACAACACAGAAGAUGGACGCCAGGAUUCUGCAUCUCUACACGAAGGAUCGGAACGUGACCGGUGUAAACGACUGAGCUGCUCGGUGAAGAAAGAAGCCGCCUGGACGAACUGCAAUCGCGUUUGGCAUUGGGCAGCCGUGCUGUGUCUGACUGCUUCCGUCGAGCUUGAUGUGAACGAGUCGGCGAGGACGCAAGAUCAGAAGAGCUGUAGCAGUGCGGGUCUGUGGAGGCCUGAGAGGAUCUGUUUGUUUUUCAGCACCUAACGUAGCAAAAUAUAAACCAGGAUAUGUUAGUUUAAUAUCAAGGAGUCUGCUGCUGCCGUGAGGUGGACACCGCCGAGCUCCAUUUUCUUUUUGAGUAUUUCAAGUACUUUUUAGUGUUUCACUAUUUUCAUACACACGUCACUCUAAACCACCCAUCACUCUCCUCAUCUCCAAAACACUUCCUUUAUGCAGAAGCCUGCCUGCAGCACUAUGGAGGGGUCGUAUCGUGGUAGCACACAUUUCCUGGAAACACAAUAUUUAAGUACUGUAAAUGCUACUGUAGCCUGAAUGAGUGAGACACU